CACUCUGGCAGCCCAUACGAAUCGGAAUAUGGAAGCUUUAAUUGGUUACCUCUGCGUCGGUGCCUUUGUGAUGCACGCUGCUGUGGCCGAUACCAGGGUGAAGCGGCUUGCAUACGACCUCGCAGACGGCGCCAAUCUGGUCGUGGGGCCGGUGACGAAAACCUUCAGGUGCCGGCGGAGUGGCUACUUCGCCGACGUGUCCAAUUACUGCCGGGUGUACCACGUGUGCCACAAGGUGCGCCACGCCGACGGCUCUUCCGAGAUGCAACACUUCAGCUUCUUCUGCGGCAACCAGACGGUUUUCAACCAGCUAAGCCUGACCUGCACAUAUCCGGAGGACGCUGUGCCUUGUCGCAAAGCACCAAACUUCUUCUAUCUCAACGAUCGCAUUGGCAUCGAGAACGCACUCUUACUCACUGACACUGACGUUGGUCUUGCCAACGCAGCAGGGUUCGGUACCAGGCUUGCUGGCGGUGGUCGGACGUCGUCGCGUGUGUUUGGAUAGCCGUCAGCUAUUGGUCUCUUGAUUUAGGAUGCAAGGUGGUUAAAGAUAGGCAGAAACCCAAACCCCGUAUGUGCCUUACUCGCCUCUACCAUUAACCUCACCGAAGAGUUUAUAACGCAUUACCGCCUACUCCCCCUCCGUCCCUCCUUCCCUUCUUUCCCCGCAUAUAAAGCCACAAACUCCUAAAUUAAGCAGAAAGGUAACUCUUCUUCACCCACUGUAUCCGAGGUCACCACGCUCAACAUUUUCUCAAUUCACUUCUAUCCAUUCUCGUACAAAUUAGAAGCAAAGAAGCCAACACGCACCAAAGGAAAGACGAAGGUGUGGACGUUUGAUUCUUUGUCUUCUUUAGCUGUGCUGUUUCACUUUACCCUGAAGAAACCAACCAGCUCUCAGCAACAUGAUA